AUGAAUUUACUCGCCAAAGCGAAAUUGUCCAUUAGAGGCGGCCUUUGCCCCUUUCGAUCCAUCGCCGUACUUCAACAAUGGAGUUUAUACUGUACCAAAACCGCUCUGUUCAGCCCCAUAACCCAACAAUCCGCAGAGAAUCUCAGAGCCCAGAAGCCCUCCGAUUCGAGCCUUCCUCCAAUGAAGAUCAACGAACGGAAAGAUUCGACAAUAGAUAUUCUGUUCCGAGAGAUUCCGUUCCGACCUCGUGUUGGCAACACCGUGAAUUUGAUCGGCCGCGUGAAAACCCCGGCCCAUCUCGAGUCCGACGCCGAUGGGAAAUGCUUUGCCACGGUUUUGAUUUCUCCGGAUUAUGACGCCGGGUGUGAAAUGCUUCCCGGGUGUGAAACUCGGUUGAUUCCCGUUGUGUACGAAGGCGAAUUGGCUCAGUUGGCCUGUCGCCUUAAGGAGAACGAUCGUGUUGAUAUUUCGCUGAGAAUGGGUCCCACAAGGUUCCAGUUGAAUUUGUGGAGGGAUCUUUUGAAAAGCCCAAAACAGUGGUGGGAUUAUCGUGGUCACAAGUCUAAUGGUCUGGUCAAAGAAAGACACCCCGACUUUAAGCACAAGGAUUCUGGAAAUGGGCUUUGGCUUGACAGUGCUCCCUUCUGGGUUUCGCAGAGACUUGCCGAAUUAGAGUUUGACGUUAAGUUCUUGAGACCCAGGCUGUCGCAAGGUGGUGAAGGGGUUGGCGAAGCAGAAAAUCGAGUUCAAGGCGCGAAAGGGGAAGAUUCUUGGAAGAAUUUGGUGGAAAAUCCGAAUAAAUGGUGGGAUAAUAGAUUGGGCAAGAAAAAUCCGAGAUCACCCGAUUUUAAGCACAAGGAGACAGGCGAAGGAUUGUGGUUAAGUAACAUGCCGGAAUGGGCUUUGUCGAGGUUACCACAAUCGAAAGAUGGGAAGAAGAGUAUACAGGCCCUUGAAAGCGUUUGA